UAACUCAUAAAAGAGCACGCAGGACUCGAACACCGCGUUCCUUCUGACAUUUUUCCCCUCAGGUCUUGCAAGGACACUAUAGGCGGUGAAUAUGAACAAAUCAGACAAACCUCUGUCGACUCUAUGGGGUUGUGAGUUGACUGGGGGAAACAAAGAAAAGACCUUCAGUACAGAGGAGACAAAUCUUCAACACCAAUUAGCCGUUAGAUCUAUGUGUCUCGGUCACACCGCGAAAGAGGAGUUCAAUAUCAUUGAGUUGGUGACCGGAUCAGGAAAAGACGCCACAGAAGGAAUCCCCAUAGCGACGCUUCACGCCACAUCGAUGCCUACUGUUAUCUUGUCCGGGGUUGACUUGCAUCCACCGGUGACAUUUCGGCUUAAAUACGGUUCAGGUCCUGUCCAUAUUUGCGCGGAGCACGUUGCCUUCGAGGAUGAUUUAUCUGAUGAAGAGAUGGCAGAGGAGGAAGAGGAGGAGGAUGAGGUAGAAGAUGAGGAAGACAUCGAAGAGUCACCAGAGAAACCAGUCAAAAAACAGGCAGCCAAAAACGGAGGCCCAGUUAAAAGAAAGAAGCCAGAGAAGGCAUUGGAUAGCACCCUCUCAGACGACGAGAACAAUCCACCCAAGAAGGGAAAAGGAAGGGGCAGAAAGCCUGCUCAGAAGGUGUAAGCUAAGGCACACCUGUGUAGUGAUUCUAAUGGACAUGCCACCUGACUGCCGAAGCCAUUUCCUUCUAAAGAGGGGAAAAAUCCUGCAGGGGUGUUUGACUUGAUGGAUGACCCGACAAAUAAACUUCCUUCCCUGA